GCCCCCUCUUGCCGGCAGCCGACCAACGGGAGCCGGGACUGUUUGCAAGAAAAAAAGGCGCGCCCUCUGGCCCUCGCGAAGCCUCAGUCAAGCCCCGCGGAGCCUUUUGCAGUGCAGUCCCCGGAAUAGUAAGCGCGCUUGGCGAAGCUCAGGAAAACAUGCUUGCCUAUAUGCAAUUUGCCUUGUUCCUUCUUGUAACCUGUGGUAUCCAUGAAACUGAACAGAAUCGUAAUGGUUGCCACCGGCUCAUCAUGGCAUCUCACCUUAAGAACCUGACUGAUCUGAUAGAUAGCCAGAUGGAAACUUCCUGCCUGCGAUCUUUUGAAUAUGUGGAUGAAAGGGAACUUGAUAAUACUGAAUGCUUUCUCAAAGCAGCCUUUAAUCCCCUGAAAGGUAUCAUUGAUAAUAUUAAAUUCAAGAAUAAUAGUCCAAACUAUGUGAAACUCCAUCUGAUAAAGAACUUAUACCUGGACCUUGCAAGAUGCAUUAAGCCUCACGAUGAUAAAAAUAAGAAGUGCAUCAAGACCUUCUCCCGUACAGCAGAGCAAACUUUGCAACUGGUACACAAAUACUUUAGCCAAGCCAAGCAGUUUCUGAGCAAGGGAACAUUCACAGAUGAUUGCAGCGAAGUCUUCCAGAAGUGUACAGAAUCCCAGGAAAAUGAGAUUAUUUCUACAGGUGUUGUUACUGCCCUGGAUUGCAACUGUUCAUCUGCAGGCCCGAUCAAUUUAGAAGGCUCGACAUAUCUCGUUCCAACUUCUGAGUCUUUCCCUUCCAUUGCAGAGCAGCUGGACAGCAGGAAGACAGCUGUCAGCAUUCUCCAGCUACUAGGGCUUCCUGAUACUACUCAAAUUCAUAGUGGCUUAGAGAGCAAUAUCAGGUCUAGGGUGACUAGAAGCACUGAUAAAAGCCAAGAAAUCACUGAAAGCAUGGAUUUCGGGGCUGGCAUUGAUGACUUAUUACCAUCACCAUCAUCACCUUCUCUUUCUAUCCAGAAACGGUUGGAAUCCAUGGAGACCAGCUCUCCCUCCCUGGAUUCCACAACUGGUGAAAGCCAGAAAAAAUCUGAUGAGUUAGCUUCUCAGCAUCUCCCUCUCUCUGACUUAGCCAAGUCCUUUCUCAAUCAGCAAUGGUUUGAGAUAAAAGAAAAAACUGAGGCCAUUCCAGGACUCACAUCUGAACAGGAUAUCACUGUUGCCAGCAGUGCUUUCAGCUUAACUCUGACAUCGUCUUCCAAUUUGGAGCAAAUAGACAGCUCUAGUGCGCCCUCCAGUGGCAGUCGCCAGGUCCUGGGCCACAAAGAUCCUGUCUCUGCAACACAAGAUCCUUCUAGAUUUGUGGCGGCCACAGAGAAUUCCUCACCCCCCAAACAAAUAUCCCAUGAAAGCGACUCUUGGGGAAAGCAAAGUAGCAGAGAUAAAAACUACAAAGCACUGCAAAACACCCAGCCGCGGGCAAGACGAGAAGAGGGUCUGGCCAACAAGGACAGGGAAUUGGAGGAUAGCCUGCUGGGACCCAGCUUUGAUCUGAACUUCAUUCCUUCGAACGCAGAGAAGCGCAUCGAGAAGUCAGAGCCCAGAAAUAUCCAAGGGACGUCUGCAACAUAUGUGGUGAUACCCAGUGUCCUGGGAAUCCUCCUAGCCUUGGGAGGCCUGCUGUUCUACUUACAUAAAUCCAGGAUCGUAAGAACGAGGUGGACACAGCAGAGGGGGAAUAAUGUAGAAAGAACAGAAGAACAAAGGUCAUUGAGUGGAGGGGAGGGACACUUGGAGUUGCAGAUUCAAAGGGAAGUAUGAGUUGCACCAUUCCCUCUGAAAUGAGAAACUGCCUGGGGUUUUGGACUGAAAGCCCCACUUUCAAAGUACAGUUCUGUUACUAUUAUUGGGAGAAAUUGCACAAAGGAAACUCUGGAACUGAAGCCACGGCAGUACUUUUCCAUGAAGACUGUUUUUAUAUUUUUUUAAUAUAUAUAUAUAAUGGGAAGGAAUUUAUCAGGAAAAUGGAUGCUAUUUAUUUCCGGUAGCCAAGAUUGGUAUUCAUUAUACAAGUUGCCUUUUUUUGCCAACAAACUGGAGCUUGAGAAAAGGAAGAUAGUCACUUGGACUGUGCAAAAUCCCAUGUGUGAUGGGGAUGGUCUACUAAGAACUCCUAUGCCUAUUCCAUUCUGACAGGGAACAGAUGGCAUCCUCUUCAGAUCUAUUAGAUUGUGGAUUCUGCAGAUUGAACAGCCAUGCUAAAGAACCUGAAUGGUAAUUGACUGUUACUUCUUUUAGAGCUUCUGGCCUCGUGAACUGCUGAAGACUUCAGGACCUCAGCCUCAUGCCAGGCAUUCAAUUUUUUAGGAACUUUGUCCAUCUCUUAAGCUUUGUAGGUUG